AUGGACAGCAACAGGUCGGACCGCGUCUUCAGUCGGACCGCGUCUUCAGUCGGACCGCGUCUUCAGUCAGACCGCGUCUUCAGUCAGACCGCGUCUUCAGUCAGACCGCGUCUUCAGUCAGACCGCGUCUUCAGUCAGACCGCGUCUUCAGUCAGACCGCGUCUUCAGUCAGACCGCGUCUUCAGUCAGACCGCGUCUUCAGUCGGACCGCGUCUUCAGUCGGACCGCGUCUUCAGUCGGACCGCGUCUUCAGUCAGACCGCGUCUUCAGUCAGACCGCGUCUUCAGUCAGACCGCGUCUUCAGUCAGACCGCGUCUUCAGUCAGACCACUGA